AUGUCCGCCCGCCUGCGCCCCGAGCAGGUCCCCACCCCCGUGAGGAGCGACUCGCCGCCGCGGGGCGUUACGCUCAAGCACCGGCUCUUCUGCGACGAGGGCGCCGACGAAGAAGCCGACCACGUCCGCCCGCCCGCCCCGAAGAAGCGCGCCCGGCACACGUGCUCGGUCGCGCCCCUCUUCGACCGGCACAAGGCGGCCCGGCCCGAUGAGCACGACCGUCGCGCUCCCGGCUUCCUGGGCCCCGGCCGCCGCCAGCGCCGCAGCCCUUCCCCGGAUCGCGAGUCGCCCCUGGCCGCCGAGCUCGACGCGCGCUACGCUCACCUCCGCGCGACGCUCCGCAGCGCCGCCCAUGCGGGCCUCGCCGAGGCCGAGGCCGAGCUGUCCGCGGGCGUCGACGCCAGCGUGCGUGCGAGCCGCGAGCGCGCCGCCGCGCUCGAGUCCCAGGUCGCGCGGCUGCUGACGCCCCUGCGCGACCUGUCGGUCGACUACACGGCGACGGGGGCCGACGGACGCCAGCGCACCGCCGCCGUCGCGAUCCGGUCGGCCGUCGCCGCCUUCGAGGCCGAGCUCUCCUCUGCCCGGGACGACCUCGACCGCCUCUGGGCCGAGCGCGACGCCGCGCAAGCCGAGAUCGAGGCCCUCGGCCGCGAGGUGCUACAGGGGCACCCGCCCCAGCUGGCGUCGCUUCGAAAGGGUGAUAGGCAAGGUGAGGGCACCGGUGAUGGCGAGAAGGGGAAAGAGAAGGAGGAGUCAGGAGAGAGGGCUAUUGUUCAGGCCGAGCUCGGCGCCGAGCUAGACCGGGCCGGCGACGAGGCCAUCGAGGAGAUGGCGCUGUACGAAGACAAAUUCCUCAAAGAGAUAGAAAACGAAGGGGGGAACAUCCUGCGCUUCGUCCUGGGCCACUGA